AUGGAGGCCCAGGCGCUGGCGCUGCUGAGGGAGGUGUCGCGGCUGGAAGCGCCCCUGGAGGAGCUGCGCGCGCUUCAGUCGGUGCUGCAGACCGUGCCGCUCAGCGAGCUCCGCGAGCAAGCGGCGGAGCUGCGCCUCGGCCCGCUUUUCUCCCUGCUCAACGAGAACCAUCGGGAACAGACCACUUUGUGUGUAUCCAUUCUGGAGAGAUUGCUCCAAGCUGUGGAGCCAGUUCACGUGGCCCGGAACCUCAGGGUUGACCUUCAGAGGGGACUGACUCACUCCAAUGAUUCCGUAAAAAUUCUCACUCUGUCCCAGGUCGGAAGAAUUGUUGAAAAUUCUGAGGCUGUUACUGAGAUUCUAAAUAAUGCUGAAUUACUAAAACAAAUUGUUUAUUGUAUUGGUGGAGACAAUCUGUCUGUAGCUAAAGCGGCCAUUAAAUCCCUGUCAAGAAUAUCAUUAACCCAGGCUGGACUGGAGGCAUUGUUUGAAAGCAAUCUGCUGGAUGAUUUGAAAAGUGUAAUGAAAACAAAUGAUGUUGUUCGGUACAGAGUGUAUGAGUUAAUUGUGGAGAUUUCUUCUGUGUCACCAGAAUCUUUAAACUACUGUACCACCAGUGGAUUGGUAACCCAGCUUCUCAGAGAGCUGACUGGGGAGGAUGUGCUGGUCAGAGCCACCUGUGUAGAAAUGGUGACAUCACUGGCGUAUACUCAACAUGGACGACAGUACCUUUCUCAAGAAGGAGUAAUUGAUCAGAUUUCUAAUAUAAUUGUUGGGGCAGAUUCAGACCCUUUCUCUAGCUUCUAUUUGCCAGGAUUUGUGAAGUUUUUUGGAAACCUGGCUAUCAUGGAUAGUCCUCAGCAGAUCUGUGAGCGUUAUCCUGUCUUUGUGGAAAAAGUCUUUGAAAUGACAGAAAGUCAGGACCCCACCAUGAUUGGCGUAGCAGUGGACACAAUCGGAAUCCUGGGAUCCAAUGUUGAAGGAAAACAAGUUUUACAAAAAACAGGAACUCGCUUUGAACGCUUGCUCAUGAAAAUAGGAUAUCAAGCAAAGAAUGCCUCAACAGAGCUCAAAAUUAGGUGUUUGGAUGCAAUUUCGUCUAUUUUUUAUAUACCACCUGAGCAGCAGACUGAUGACCUCCUGAGGAUGACAGAAUCGUGGUUUUCUUCUUUAUCUCGGGACCCGCUGGAGCUCUUCCGUGGCAUCAGUAAUCAGCCCUUCCCUGAACUGCACUGUGCUGCCUUAAAAGUGUUCACGGCCAUCGCAAAUCAACCCUGGGCUCAGAAACUUAUGUUUAAUAGUCCAGGGUUUGUGGAAUAUGUGAUGGACCGGUCUGUGGAGCAUGACAAAGCUUCAAAGGAUGCCAAAUAUGAACUGGUUAAAGCACUUGCCAAUUCCAAGACAGUUGCAGAAAUCUUUGGGAACCCAAAUUAUUUGAGGCUCAGAACUUACCUGAGUGAAGGUCCAUACUAUGUGAAACCUAUUUCCACAACAGCCGUGGAAGGAGCUGAAUGA